UCAAUUUCAGAAAGACAAUGUUGUUGAAGUAGAAGAUUGAGGUUAUCUCAUAUGUUAAGUUUCUAUCAACCGUGUGUUUAUCGAUAUGCGUAAAGAAUUAUAACCAAGAUAUUAACUUACAAAAGUUUACAAUGGGUGUAUUAGCAAAUGACGAUAGUGGUAAAAGUGUGAACUAUAAUUUUCAAAGGAAAGCAGGCAGGAGUAUCAUUGAACAUCGUCCAGUUUUCUCACCGGAUGGAGAAUCAGUGGCUAUAAUAGUAGAGAAUGUAGUGCGAGUAUACAAUAUCCAAACGGGGGACUGUGUCCGAACACUUGAAACAGAGGUUGCUAUAAAUAAACUGAUUGCGAUACAGUUUCCUGAAAAUGAAGGCUACAAUUUGUAUGGAUGUUCCGACACUGGUCAUGUCACAACAUGGACAUGGGAGAAUGGAGCUGUACUCAGAGAAAUUAAAUUGCGACUUCCAAAUAACUCAACUAUACAUACCUUCGACUUGGUGGAUAGCAAUGAAUGUUGCAUUACCGUAAGCCUACCGAAUCAGAAACAACUGACGCUCAGCACUCACUCCGUAAAGACCGGGGAACUGAUAUAUGAAUACCAAGAAACUAAGCCUAAGCAUUGUGAUAUGAUCUGCAUAUCUUUAGGUUGGUGUAACGGAGACAGAUAUGCUGCACUCACAAAUGGAAGUAGAACAUUGUACAUUCAAAAUCUACAACAACCGCAUGUCAAGGCUCGAAUACAUAACCAUAAUGAUUACCGCAUAAUGUCAGUAGCAGCCCAUCAGAAGGCUAACACCGUGGCUAUUACUGACACGUUGGGCCGAGUCACUAUCAUUAGAGGCAACUUGUUUGAUAUCAAGCAAAUUGCAAGAGAGGUGCUACAUUGGCAUUUCCUGCCACCACUCGCAACAUGUUUUUCUUUACAAGGUAAUUACCUAUACACUGGAGGAAUGGAGAAAGUCCUUGUAAAGUGGACUAUUGGAAGCUUGGCAUACAAAGCCAAUGAAAAGGCCUUCAUCCCUCGCUUACCAGGAAUGAUCCGAUUUAUUACUACCAACAAUAAUCAUGUUGCUGUGACAUUAACAAAUAAUUCGGUAGUGAUAGCGAACGCCCAGCUCCGCGUGGUAUGCACGCUGCUGGAGUGCGGCGGCGCGUCUCACAGCGCCCGCGCGGCGGCGCCCGCGCUCGUGUACCACGCGCCGCUCGCCGCGCUCAUCACGCCGGGCCGCACAGGACAUCUGCAGCUGUAUUCCACUGCUACUGACAAAGUUUUGUACAAUUUAGACAUAACAGAAAUGAACAAUUUACCGUCGGAGAGAUGGAAUCUUUUACCACUAGAAACAGAAGUGACAUGCGCCGCCGUCAGCGGUAACGGCGACUGGCUCGUCACCUCAGAGUACAGGAACGAUGGCAUUACAUACCCCGAGGAGAAACUCAAGUUCUGGGCAGCGCUCCACAAGAGCGCCACGCCCUUCCAACUCAACACCUGCGUCAAUCUGUCCCACGGGGGCUGCAAUGUGGUCUCUAUCGCCCUCAACUAUAGAGGCGACUUUUGCGUAUCAGCCGGUAAAGACCAAAAGUUCAGAAUAUGGAAUAAAGAAAACACUUCACAGACAAACCGCAAAAAAAUCGCUUGGACUUGUUUGACUGCGUGUUAUUACUCAUCUGGGGUUGGUCAGUUUAUUUCAAAUAGUGUUCUGAAUAGUUUCAAAGAUGGCGUCAGACAUAGGGCAGGGAAGGAUGAAGACUUGCCUUAUUUGCGGGAGGAAGGGAGUAAGAAUGAUAUAAUAAAGAAGUUGUUUAAUAUUCAUAAGGAGCAUUCGUUAGUUGACGAGGAGGGGCUGAAUGUGCCUAGUAGGAGGGAGAAUGAGUAUGACAUGGGAGGUAUAGCGGUGUCGCAGGACGGGUCGCUGAUCGCGGCGUGGUUCGGCUGCAAGCUGACGCUGUGGGACUCGCACGUGUGCAGCCUCAGCACCACGCUGAGCCACCCCGCGCUGCGACCCAAGGGGGUGCACGUGCAGUUCGGAAACAGAGAUGCUGCACAUUAUUUAGUGUGUACCACAGAAACCUGCCUAGCAGUAUGGAGUUUGUUAUCUCUGACGGUGAAAUGGCUCGUUCAAAUAAACCCGACGUGCUUGACCGCUCAUAGGUUCUCCAACAAACUGGCUGUCGUUACGGCCAAUAAUGAUGUUCACGUGUUCACACCACACAGUUCGAAGCCGAUACUAACUAAAAAACGCCUACUGGACCCGGCUACCGGCGUAUUCACACAGUGCACUUUUGGCCGCUGCUUCGACGAUGAUAUAAGAUUGUACCUUAUGAGGAAUAAUUCUGAGAUCUACUGCAUCGAGCCAGAGCAAACGGAAGAGCAUCGUUUGGAGGUGAUAUCGCAACGAAAACUGCCCACAUCGAACUUCAGCGCGUUGUUGGCUGAACAGCAACUGUCUGAAGUGCAAACUGGAGUCGGGGACACCAACGUCAUCGAUGCCAACAAUCUUGCAGGCUCUACUAUCGCGCAGUUUUCGAUGUCAUCUCCUCACAUGGUACCGCCAGUAAGCCUUCUUUGCACUUCAUUCCUCCAACGGCUCAGUGGCAUGGAACAAUUGGAGACCACAGAUGACUCUCGCGAAGAGAAGCCGAUGGAAGUUGACGCGGACUCCAGCGAUGAUGAAGACUCAGCUGAUUCAAAACUGAAUGGACCCUACGCCCCCAGAGUGACGGAACUAUGGACACCGAACUAUGAAGCCGUCAAAGAGAAGAAAUUAAACAAAAUCAUGAAUGAACCUUUUCUGGACUUGCAUUCGACCAGUGCAAUGUUUGGUGUAUAGUUAUUUCUUGAAUAAAGUGACCAAUUAGUUAUUAAA